AUGAUAGCUCUCGUCUGCGUCAACAACUGGGGCGAACGAUGGGCCAAAGUAGCAGUCGCACUAUGGGCCUUCGAUGCUGCUCUCUCCAUCCUCGUCGCUAUCGGAUUGUUAUUCAUGAUCCACAUACGAUCGAGUCAAUGUCAGCAAGCUGGCUUUUGCCCAUCGUCUCUUUCAAUCGUAGCAGCCGCUUCUGGCGGCGUGGUAGCAGAGGCUGUAUCCCAGUCCAUGCCUUCGGUCGUCAUCACAUCCAACAUCGGCUGGGGAACCGGUGUCCCUCUGGCUCUAUCCAUUAGUGCGACUUACUUGUACCGACUCAUCGCCCAUGGAGCACCUGCUCCACAAGCUUUACCCAGUCUAUUUCUUCUAAUAGGUCCAUGUGGUCAAGGUAGUUUCGGGACUGUGACUCUGGGUAAAGUGGUCAAAGAUCUGGUCUACUCAUUGGGCAUCGACAACCUGGCAACACAGAAACAGCAAACAGAGAUGGCGAUGAUGGCUCAAGCCACGUAUGCUGGAGGGUUUGUCACUGGUCUGAUCCUAUGGGGAUUGGGCUUGUGCUGGUACCUCCUGGCGACUGCGUUAGUCAUCGAUCACAUAUGGAACGUCGAUCGGUCCUACCUGCGCCAUCGAUCGUUCAACGUAUCUUUCACGGCGUUAACGUUCCCGAUAGGGGUCUGGGCGAGCGCCUCGAAUGCUCUCGCAACAGAGCUCGAUUCUGAGGUGUUUCGGGUAAUUGGUGCUGUUGUAUCAACUCAAGUGUGCUUCAUUUGGCUCUACGUCAUGCCCAUGACGAUCUACAAGGCGUUCGAAGGUUCCGUUUUCAAUGCAACAGAGUUAGAGCUAUUUUCUAGUAAACAUCGUCAGAGAAGCGAAGAUAAAGUGUAA